GCUCUCACUCAUCACCAGUCUUCACUCUUCAAUAGUUUGAAACAACUUGCCAGCAGCGCCAGUGUGCAGCGAUCCAGUGACCGACACGGACAAGAACAAGAUGGUCGCCGGCUGUUUCAUCACCGACGAGUGCGCCCUGGCGGUGUCGACGGAGCGGAUGUGGAAGGCGGUCUUCUCCGGCGAGGACACGGCCGUCCUGCCCAAGGCCUGCGCGGGCUUCAUCGACGCCGUGGACGUCGAGGGCGACGGCGGACCCGGCAGCGUCUCCACCAUGACGCUCAGCCCGGCGGCAGCGGAGCUCGCCGGCUCGGGCGUGAUGAGGAGCCGCCUGGUGGCGCGCGACAACGCGGCCCGGGUGAUCAAGACGGAGCUGCUGGAGGGCAGCAAGGUGAGCGCCCAGCUCAAGUCGCAGGUGGCCGAGGUGAAGCUCGAGGCGGCCGGGGAGGGUGCUUGCGUGGCGAAGCUCAGGGUGGAGUACGAGAGGCUCGACGGCGGCGGCGCGCUGUCGGCGGAGGACCAGGCGACGCUCGCCGCGGGGUACCUCGACGUGCUCAAGAUGGUCGAGGCUUACCUCGUCGCGCACCCCGCCGAGUACGCCUAAUUAAACCAGCACGAGAAACAUCAGAAAUAAAUCAAUCUGCCUUUACAAGACAGAAAAAUAAAUCUACUAUUGUGGCAAGUACAUGCCUCUAUUAUGGUGAGUAUAUACCGGUGUUAUUUGCUUCAUGAUCGACUUCGUGAGAAUAAUCGAGGGAGGAUCUUUAGUACGUACAAAAAAUUGUUUGAGGUGUAUAUGAGUGUUUAAUCCCUGUUUUAAGCUCGUAUUUUGUGUGUAAGUUGCUUCAAGCAUUAAUAAAGAUAAAUAUUUUAGCA